CGGAUGUUGUUUACUUCCCGUGGGAAGUAACAUCCGGAAGUUUCCUUUGACCGGGAAUGUCAAAACUUUCCACCGCUCUGUAAUUGCAAUGCAAUGUACCGGAACAGCAACAUCCGGGUACAACAAAUUUUAAUCAUCCUUUAAUUCCCUGAAAAUCAGCUACCCUCGAAAAAAAGGAUAAAUUCGAGUUCGGCUGCCGAACUUAGUAUUGAGUAUGCCUAUCAGAACUUAGUUUUGCUGUUGCCCAGUCAAACUCAAAGUUGAGGGAAGCCACCGAAGUGCAGUUUUGAACCAAAACUACUUAAUUUUGAGUUUAAAUAAAAGAGCGUGCAGGAGGCAGCAGCAAAAACAUCAAAAGAAAAUCCUCGUCACGGGCUCACAGGUCAAAAGAAAAACGGGUUUGCGAUCAUCGUGUACUUGUGGACUGAAUUCCGGUUUUUUCCAAGCCACCGGAAGGUUAAGUGAACGAUGUUUUGUUCCAGUAUCGACAGUUAAGCUGAACCGGAAACAAGAGAGCGUCAUUUGCGUCGGUAGGUGCUAUAGGCUUCCCGGGAAGAAUGCUUAUCAAAUUUGGAGAAACGCCACAACGGGAUCUGACGCCGGCACGGAUCGUUUUGCUGCUAGUUCACUUGAUCUACGGCCUAGUGGAAUGGGCUCUUGAAAAUGCCGACAGAUUGCGGAAAGGGAUUACCAAUCUUCUAGGCAAAGAUCGAGAGCAGGAAAUAGCGAAACAGCCCGAGGAGCGACAACUCGAACUGCAGAGCAGUUUGAUUGAAUAUGGAAUUCGGCAGCUCACCAAGGUACCCUCGCAUCUGGUGGUGAUUCUCGGAUCGGAAGAACCUGCCGAUGCCCAGCAGCUGGUGAAAUUCAUCUUCUGGGGUAUGGCCGCCGGAGUGGGCCACGUUAGCUUCUACGAUCAUAGAGGAAUCCUGAAGCGUAACCACCACGAAAUGCUGAGCUACGUGAGCCGCCGGCCUCGCACCGAUAGCGAUCAGAUCGUUUGGACUCCGCAGCUGAAAACCGCGGGCGGAUUACUUCCCCCGCGUAACGGAUACCGGCGACGGAUCGUGGUCAGCUUCUUUUGCCCAGAGGAUGGCAAAGGGCAGCUGGCGACGACGGCCUCAAACAUCAGCAAAUCGCUUGUGACCGGGGAGCUACGGACUGCCGACCAGAUCACCAUCGAACUGGUGGAUCGAAAGCUUCAGGAACGCUUCCACCAUAUCCCGGACCCGGACCUAGCACUGUACUAUGGGACGCUGUGCACCACCUAUGGGCUGCUUCCUUGGCACAUCAGGCUAACCGAGUUCAUACCUAUGGAAGCACCUAGUUUAGCGGAAACACGCCCCACUCACUUCCUAAACAGUCUACAUCGGUACGCUCGGGUUCAGCAGCGGUUUGGGAAAUGAUAGACUCAAAAAAGGCAGAAACCCGCGAAUAGUAAAUAUCCAUAGGAAGCUUAGCAAAGAAACCCAAAAGACACAACUCUCGUCGUUCAUACUAGAUGGAAGCAACUUGUACCACAUACAUUUGCCAUGUAAAUAUUUUUUUCUAGGACGACUGUAACUUGUUAAGGAUAAGUGACCAUUCAAAGAACCUACACAUAGGAACCCGUACGAAUAGGAAGUAAUUAUCUAUUGAUGGUCGUCGACUAGAAACCUUAAAUGUGUUGGAUAGCUAACAGUUAUCCUACUGGUUGUACCCUACUUAAAAUAGGGGUAUUAAAAAAUUCAAAUGUUUCAGCAACAGCAUUUAGGUUAUCGUAUAACAAGUGAAAGUUGGUGUUCCUCCCGGACAUUCAAUUGGUAGGCAUUUUUAUGCGUUUUCGUCCCCACACACACACUUCUCGCCCAUGUUAUUAUUGUGUAUGAAUUCAUUACUGUGAGAAAUCAAUCGUGUAUAGGUAAUAAAACUAAUGUGUACUGAA